AUGCCCGCCGCCAGCCUGCUGCCGCUCUUCGGUAGCGCGGCGGGGCCGGGGGCGCUGGGUGGCCCCGCGGGCGGCAGCGCGGGCGGCGGCGGCAGGAAAGCGGCGGGCCCCGGCGCGUUCCGGUUGACGGAGAAGUUCGUGCUGCUGCUGGUGUUUAGCGCCUUCAUCACCCUCUGCUUCGGGGCCAUCUUCUUCCUGCCCGACUCCUCCAAGCUCCUCAGCGGCGUCUUCUUCCAUUCGGCUGCCCUGCAGCCGCCGCCGCCGCCCGGUGGGCAGCCCCGCGCCCCUCCGCAGCCCGGAGGUGGCCCGGCGGCAGGAGCGGCGGCGGCAGUGGCAGCGGCAGCAGGCGGGGCGGGCAGCCUGGAGCGGAUCCGUGCGGACCACGAACGGGCUCUACGGGAGGCCAAGGAGACUCUGCAGAAGCAGCCCGAAGAGAUCCGCAGAGACAUCCGGCAGGACAAGGAGAAACUUCUGCAAGACGCCCGCGGCAGGAAGGAGGCAGGGGCCCCUGGCUUGCCCCAGCGCCUCUUCCGUCAGCCCGUCGGAGCCGUGGGGCAGGAGCCCGCCGACACCGCUGUCCGGCAGAAGAGGGCCAAAAUCAAAGAGAUGAUGAAACAUGCCUGGGAUAAUUAUAAACGUUACGCAUGGGGAUUAAACGAACUGAAGCCCAUAUCUAAGCAAGGACAUUCCAGCAAUUUAUUUGGUAACAUUCAAGGAGCAACAAUAGUGGAUGCCCUUGAUACACUAUACAUCAUGGAAAUGAAAGAGGAAUUCAAGGAAGCCAAGGAGUGGGUUGAGAAAAACUUAGAUUUCAAUGUGAAUGCUGAAAUUUCAGUAUUUGAAGUGAAUAUUCGUUUUGUCGGUGGACUGCUCUCAGCUUACUAUCUUUCAGGAGAAGAGGUUUUCCGAAAGAAGGCAGUAGAACUUGGAGAGAAAUUGCUGCCUGCUUUCAACACUCCCACUGGGAUACCGUGGGCAUUGCUUAAUAUUAAGAGUGGAAUUGGUCGGAAUUGGCCAUGGGCCUCUGGCGGCAGCAGCAUUUUGGCAGAAUUUGGGACUUUGCACCUGGAGUUCGUUCAUUUGAGUCACCUCUCUGGAAACCCUGUCUUUGCUGAAAAGGUGAUGAACAUUCGGAAAGUUCUCAGUCGACUGGAUAAACCUGAAGGCCUCUACCCCAACUACCUGAACCCCAGCAGUGGCCAAUGGGGCCAGCAUCAUGUGUCCAUUGGAGGGCUUGGGGACAGCUUUUAUGAAUAUUUGCUCAAGGCAUGGCUGAUGUCAGACAAGACAGAUGAAGAAGGCAAGAAUAUGUAUUAUGAUGCUGUUCAGGCCAUAGAGACCCACCUCAUUCGGAAAUCCAGCGGGGGGCUGACAUACAUCGCUGAGUGGAAGGGUGGACUGCUGGAACACAAGAUGGGACAUCUGACUUGUUUUGCUGGGGGCAUGUUUGCUCUGGGAGCAGAUGGAGCACCUAACGACAAGACCGGCCACCACAUCGAGCUGGGGGCAGAAAUCGCUAGGACUUGCCACGAGUCCUACGAUCGGACAAGCAUGAAACUGGGACCAGAAGCCUUCAGAUUUGAUGGUGGCGUUGAGGCUAUUGCUACAAGACAGAAUGAAAAAUACUACAUCCUCCGGCCAGAAGUCAUAGAGACCUACAUGUACAUGUGGAGGCUCACUCACGACCCAAAGUACAGGCAGUGGGGAUGGGAAGCUGUGGAGGCACUGGAAAAACACUGCAGAGUAGAUGGUGGAUAUUCUGGCAUUAGAGAUGUUUAUAGCAAUCAUGAAAGCCACGAUGAUGUGCAGCAAAGUUUCUUCCUUUCAGAGACACUUAAGUACUUGUAUUUGCUGUUUUCUGAAGAUGAUCUUCUGCCAUUCGAACACUGGGUCUUCAACACAGAGGCUCAUCCUCUCCCUGUUCUUCACAGAGAUGAUGGAAAUAAAGAAGAAAACCAGAAAUAG